AUGAGCUCGAUUCCAGCAUGGAAAAGAGCAGGCUUGAGCGUCCAGGCCCAAGAAGCAGACGAAGAUGACUUGCUCACAACCAAAAGAAUCGAAACUGCCGACUUGACCACCAAGCAAAUCAAAAAAGCCAGCAACAAGCGGAAAUUGCAAGAUGAUGUCACCCAUGGCAAAAAAGACAAGAAAGCUCCCAAACGGAUAAAAGUGCCCAAAAAUGAGAGAAAGCCGCCUCCGGAAAAGGACCAGCUUGUAUAUCUUCGGCAGUUUCAAGACGACAAGCCGAAUUGGAAGUUCAACAAGCUGAAACAGAAUUGGAUCCUCAAGAAUAUCCGAGAUAUACCGGAGAGCUACCUGCUGGCGUUGAAGCUAUAUUUGGCGAGUCUACAGGGGGGAUCGAGGGAUCGACUUGUGGAGGAGUUGAAGCUGGCGGUCGAGAAGUGGAAUGUGCAGUACGAGGAGAUGGAGAGGAAGAUUGAGGCCAAGUUGGCGGCAGGUGAAAACAGUGCAGAACAAGCAACAACUACUGAGGAGGCUAAAGGAGCUUUGGGAAAGGAUGCAAUGAGUCUAGACACCGCGUUGAGAUUUAGAGAUAUUCUUAGUGCGUUGGUGGAGGAAAAGAUCAUCAUUAAGGGACAAGAUGAAGGCGGUGAGGCUGGAGAUGGCCUAAGCAAAGAGGAACCAUCAGCGACAGAAGAGGAGAUAAUAGAAAAAGUCAAAGAAGAACAACAUGAGGAGGACAUUUGCAUCGAAAAUGAGAAGAAACCAAAAAAGGAGAAGCUGAAGAAGGAUAAAUUGGAAGCAAAACCAAAAAAGAGGCUGAAGAAAGAUAAAUCUGAGGAGAAAAAGUCAAAUGACGCCGACGGCUACUGCUCGAACCUCAUCGUUAGCGAAAUAGACGUCUCUUAA